UUCGCUUUGGUUUUGCUCAGUCGGUUAGUUCUCGCGUCCUUUUAUUUUAUGUAGAUGCUUUUCACCCGUUUAAUGGGUCAUGUAUGGAUUCUAGGAGUUAGAACAACAAAUAAUUCGGAUUCCAUGAUCUUGCGAUAAAAUAAGGACGUUGAAUUAUGUUGGGUCUAUUCUGGAAAAAACAUCUUAGUCUACAACAAUUCAAGGCAUUACAUCAAAACCCCACAACAUUUAUUGUUUCCCAGUGGCAACAUGAUAAAUCAGCCCCAAACUUCAAAUACAGCAUAUACCGAUGGAGCAUAUUUUUGAUAUUUUUUGUUUCGUGGAUAUUUACGUAUACUAAAGAAACCACAGAGGGCAGGCCUAGAUGGCCAAUCUAUCUAACAAAUUGGGGUUUUACCCUAUGCAUGUUGCAGUCAUUAUUAUGCACUAUAAUGUUAUCAGGAUCGCUGAUAGGCCAUCGAUAUUCUUUGAAAAGUCAAUUGGAGCAGAAGGUCUUAAAAAUGUAUUCUGUAUAUUGGGUGCUUAAUACUAUCGCAACACCUUUAGCAUUUACAAUCAGUAUUAUUUAUUGGACGCUCAUAUAUGGAGCUGAAGGAGCAACUUUCUCGGCUAUGAAUUUUAUAGUACAUGGACUAAAUUCAAUCUUGAUGUUCGUCGAUUUAUGGAUAGUAUGCCAUCCAGUUCAAAUACUACAUUUUAUUUAUCCCUUACUAUUGGCUUUCGCGUAUACAAUAUUUACAAUCAUAUUUUAUGUUGCUGGAGGAACCACAAAAACUGGAUCACGUUACAUCUACCCUAUAUUAAAAUGGGACGAGCCAGGAAAAACAGCAGGAGUCUGCGCAGGCGUGAUGAUUCUUAUGAUCUUUCUUCAUCUAUUUCUAUUUCUCAUAUUCAAGGCAAGAACAAAAUUAUAUAAUGUGCUUUACAUUUCUCCUAUUGAACUGCCAGUACCUGCUGGAGAACAGAGUGCAUAUGAUAAUAAGGCGAUGGCUACUGAAUAUGUUUGACUAAGUCGAAACAUUUUAGCUUAGAUUUUUUUUUUUUAUGGAAGCAAGUUUUUAAUAAUAAAUGUGAAUUCAUUAUAAAAAUAAUAAAUUGGGAUACCUACAUG